UCUGUAUAAAUAAAGUAUCAGAAUUUUAAGAAUUCAGUCGAAAAUGGACCGAAUUUUAGUUAUUACAUUUGCUCUCAUUGCUAGUGUCUUAGGAGCCCCACAUCACAAUGCGAGAAUUUUUGGUGGCGACAAUGCAACUCUUGGUCAAUUCCCAUUCAUCGUCGCUCUUAACAAUGUGGACCAAUUCUGUGAUGGUUCUAUUAUCAAUAAAAAUUGGGUUGUUACAGCUGCUCAUUGCAUCUUCUAUGUAUCAAACAAUUCUACCACAGUUUUAGCAGGAACAAACAAACUGCACUCUGGUGGUAUUUCCUACAAUGUAUCUCAAGCUCUCUACCAUCCAGAAUUUAACUUCACGAGUUUCCAAAACGACAUCGGUCUUAUUCAUAUCGUCGGAGAAUUUGCAUUCACUGACAAUAUUCAACCAGUCGAAUUUAUUGAACCAGAAAUAAACGCUACUUGUCAAGCUGUUGGAUGGGGACAAAGUGACACCUUGACUUUCCCUGAAACUCUACAAUUUGUUGAAUUGACAGCCUUGGGGUUGGAUGAUUGUAAAAGAAUUGCCGGUGAUUAUGCUGAAGGCCUUUAUUUGGAAAAAGAACAAAUUUGUGGUUUGGGACAUGACGGACAGGGGGCUUGUUAUGGAGAUUCAGGUGGACCACUGGUGUGCGAUGGCAAACUAGCUGGAAUUGUUUCUUAUGGUUUGCUGCCUUGCGCUCAUAGCAUUCCCGAUGUGUAUACACGACCAUCGCAAUAUGCUGAUUGGAUCAAAACAGUAAUAAUUUUAAGAAUUCAGUCGAAAAUGGACCGAAUUUUAGUUAUUACAUUUGCUCUCAUUGCUAGUGUCUUAGGAGCCCCGCACCACAAUGUGAAGAUUUAUGGUGGCGACAAUGCAACUCUUGGACAAUUCCCAUUCAUCGUCGCUCUUAAGAAUGUGGACCAAUUCUGUGAUGGUUCUAUUAUCAAUAAAAAUUGGGUCGUUACAGCUGCUCAUUGCAUCUUUGAUGUAUCAAACAAUUCUACUACAGUUUUAGCAGGAACAAACAAACUGCACUCUGGUGGUAUUUCCUACAAUGUGUCUCAAGCUCUCUACCAUCCAGAAUUUAACCACACAAAUAUUCAAAACGACAUCGGUCUUAUUCAAAUCGUUGGUGAAUUUGCAUUCUCUGACAAUAUUCAGCCAGUCGAAUUUAUUGAACCAGAAAUAAACGCUACUUGUCAAGCUGUUGGAUGGGGAGAAACUAAAACUGUGGCUUUCCCUGAAACUCUACAGUUUGUUGAAUUGACAGCCUUGGAGUUAGAUGAUUGUAAAAGAAUUGCUGGUGAUUAUGCUAAAGGCCUUUAUUUGGAAAAAGAACAAAUUUGUGGUUUGGGACAUGACGGACAGGGGGCUUGUUAUGGAGAUUCAGGUGGACCACUGGUUUGCGAUGGCAAACUGGCUGGAAUUGUUUCUUAUGCUUUGCUGCCUUGCGCACAUAGCAUUCCCGAUGUGUAUACACGACCAUCGCAAUAUGCUGAUUGGAUCAAAACAGUAGAAAUAACCAAAGCAGUCGCCAUCCCAACUUUACUGGUGGACAGUGCCAGUGCUAUAAGGCUCUCCAAGAAUUACGAAUUUCACAAACGGUCGAAGCACAUUGUCAUAAGGUUUCACUUUGUGAGGGAGAAAGUUCUUGAAGAAACUUUAAACGUGGAACACAUUGCAGGGGUGGACCAAAUCGCGGAUAUCAUGACCAAACCGCUUUUCAGACCGCGUUUUGUCUACCUUCGAAGUGAUAAUGUCAUCAAAAUUGAAGUGCUUUUAUUAUCGAAUCAAGAUAAUUCUGAUGAAAUUUUAAUUUUAAAAAUUCAGUCGAAAAUGGACCGAAUUUUAGUUAUUACAUUUGCUCUCAUUGCUAGUGUCUUAGGAGCCCCACAUCACAAUGUGAGAAUUUAUGGUGGCGACAAUGCAACUCUUGGUCAAUUCCCAUUCAUCGUCGCUCUUAAUGACAAUCUGAACCAAUUCUGCGAUGGUUCCAUUGUCAAUAAAAAUUGGGUUGUUACAGCUGCUCAUUGCAUCUUUGAUGUAUCAAACAAUUCUACCACAGUUUUAGCCGGAACAAACAAACUGCACUCUGGUGGUAUUUCCUACAAUGUGUCUCAAGCUCUUUACCAUCCAGAGUUUAACCACACAAAUAUUCAAAACGACAUCGGUCUUAUUCAAAUCGUCGGUGAAUUUGCAUUCUCUGACAAUAUUCAGCCAGUCGAAUUUAUUGAGCCAGAAAUAAACGCCACUUGUCAAGCUGUUGGAUGGGGAGAAACUGAAACUGGGGCUUUCCCUGAAACUCUACAAUUUGUUGAAUUGAUAGCUUUGGGAUUGGAUGAUUGUAAAAGAAUUGCUGGUGAUUAUGCUGAAGGCCUUUAUUUGGGAAAAGAACAAAUUUGUGGUUUGGGACAUGAGGGACAAGGGGCUUGUUUUGGGGAUUCGGGCGGACCACUGAUUUGCGAUGGCAAACUAGCUGGAAUUGUUUCUUAUGGUUUGCUGCCUUGCGCUCGUAGCAUUCCCGAUGUGUAUACACGAGCAUCGCAAUAUGCUGAUUGGAUCAACACAGUAAUUCAAUCCUAAAUAAAUGAUUUAAAGACUUAUUAAAGUCUCUAAAUGUCGUUUAUGUUUGGUUUGAAUUGUGUCUUUUUAUCAUUACUAAAUGGUCUUGACUUUGUAUUUGUUCAAAUAAAAAUCUUCCACAUUGUG